AAACGGCUUAAUUGCCAAUACUAGAAGAUUUCCCUUCCACAUAGCAAAAAUGGAACAUGUUGAGGAGGCUUGCCGCGGCUGUUUAAAGAAUUGUGUGAAUGAUUUGGUUAAAAUAUCAGACAUAGCUGUAUAUUCCAAACCAAGGAAGAGAUACAUUGAUGUACUGAAAGAGUUGGCGAAACUGAAGACAUUUGGUGAUCUGGAAUGUAACAUACCACAAAACUUGUGCUCAGAAUGCUGUAGACAAGUAUAUCAAAUGUAUUUGUUUGUGAAACAAAUACAGCGCACCAAUCAAGAACUAUCCCAUAUGUUGGAUCUGGUAGAUACUGGUGGCGGUCUUGAUGUUAUGUUCGGGCCCAAUAAAGUAAAAAUGGAUCUUGAUCAGGAAAUAUGCUCUAGCGGUGUAGAAGAACAUUUCUUAGAAAUAGAUGUAAAAGAGACCGCCUCAAUAGAAGGGCAACUACCAGUUGAAUGUGAGAAUGGGAUCGAGCAAAUUGCGGUGCCUUAUGUGGAUAUAUUGAAAUCGAACUACGAUAAUCAUGACAACGAUGAAAGUGUUAUUGAGGAGGAAGAGGAAAUAUUAAAUGAAAACCACUGUGAUAAUAAAUAUGAAACUAAGAAAAAUACCGAUCAACAUCUUAUUGAACUCCAUCAAGAUGAACUAAUAAGGGAAACAGAGACAUACAAUUGUAAUUCGUGUAAUUAUUCUGCCAGGACAUUGGCGGGUUUGCAUUUUCACAAACGUUCUAAGCAUGGCAGUGAAACAGAUAAAUUCAAAUGUAAAUUUUGUACAUAUACCAGCAUAAAGAAGUUUGAUUUAUUUUCUCAUACAAAAAAAUCACAUCUUUCGAUUAUAAAAAUUCUUCGAAAACAAAAUGAUCUGGAAACGAAUGCAAAUGAAUCAAAUCUUGACUCGGACGUUCCGUCAAACAAAUGUAUGGAAGACAUAAUUCAAAGUCUAUCCGCAACUCAAAAUCAAAUCGAAAUGAGCACUGAAUUCUGCUCCACCGACGAUGAACAGUUCAUUAGAGACAUUCUCUGCAUUAAAAGGCGUUCUCGAAAAUCACAUAAAACUGAUAAAACUAUGUCAGCUAAAACCCAUCCACAUUGCCAGGAAAUAUAUCACUCAUCUCAUGUUGAUAAUAAUGAAUUGCUGAACUUUUACGAAUCACAUACAGCAAUCAUUUCGAUACCUUCGGAAGGAAAUAUUUCCCAAAACAAAGAGCAAAUAAAACAAUACACAAAUGAUGAAAACUCGACAAAACAUCAAAGUAAUCCCCAUAUGUUACCCACUAAAACCCAAAAAAUGCUACAAUGCCAACUCUGUGAUUAUACCACCAAAACAUCUGCUGCAUUACAUUUUCAUAAACGUUCCAAACAUGGCACAGAUGAGGACAAAAUUAACUGUCAUUUUUGUCCCUACAUAGCCAUUAGGAAAUAUGAUUUGUUGCACCACAUCAUAAAGUGUCAUUUGGCCAUUGUUAAGUCGAUCAAAAGGGAGAUCUUGGAGAAUACAAGUAGAGCUAACCAUUUGAAGGAUACAACCACAGAACCCGACAUGAUCUCUGAAGAUGUUAUACAAAAUUUAAUACACAAACACAAAAAUUCUGAGAGUAACGAUAAAGCUAUUACUGAUGAAAGCUUGGAGGCAUCUAGCGGCGAUGAAACCACUAUUCGACAAAUCUUAAGAAUGAAAAAAAGAGGAACCACUUCUGAGCUUACAAGUUCGCUGCCAAGGCGCUGUGAAGAAUGCGGCAAUAUUUAUAAGAAUUCAAAGGCUUUACAUACACACCGGCGUAUGAUGCAUGUUGAACGUGACUAUAGUCAGUGUCCUCAUUGUGAGUGUAAAUACAAAAGAGCCUACGAUUUAAAACUACACAUAAAAGCCAAGCAUCUGGCAAAGAAUUUAAAACCCAAAAACCGCGUUAGAAAUGUGGUGCAGGAUAAACGUUAUAUGUGCACCGAAUGUUCCUAUGUCUGUUCCACAUUGACAUGUUUAACAAUUCACACAUAUCGUCAUCAUACCGGCGAAAAACCACAUCAAUGUGAAUUUUGCCCAAAGGCAUUUGUCGUAAAAGCUGAUCUUAAGACGCAUCGUUAUAUGCACACCGGUGAACGUCCAUAUAAGUGUCCAAUUUGUGCUAAAGGUUUUCGUGAUCGAAAUCACAUGGAAAGACAUAGGCGAAUACAUCUUGAUGUCAAGCCAUAUAGUUGCACUGAAUGUGGAAAAGGUUUUACAAAAACAUAUAACCUAAAGGUACAUCAACGAACGCACACAAAAGAACAGAGGCCAAGAUGUCAGAUUUGUAGUAAAUAUUUUAAGGAUCAAGCGCAAUUAAAUGUUCAUCAAAUAAGUGAGGAUCAUCACGAAGAAGUUAUACUCACUAUGGAACAAAAAGCUAAAAUGCCACAAGGACUUUGCAUGAUUUGUUGUGGUCAAUUUCAUCGCAUGUACAAGUUUAUUAACCAAAUUAAAGAGUGCAAUCACAAACUCAUGGUCAUGAUAACUGAUAAUCAAUUGGACUGUUUACAAGAAGAUGUCAUAGAUAUUCCAAGGGAAGAUGCCGUAGAAAAUAUAGAACAAUGUCGAGACACAAUAAAUACUAACAGAAAUCAAUGUGAUAAAGGUGAAAUCGACACAAUAGAUGAGCCUAACAUAUCGAAGGACCAUGUUCGCACUAUCCCAGAAGUAGCAAUCUCAAAUAAUUAUAAAACAACAGUUGGCCGGCUACAGUAUGAAGAGCACACAGAAAUUCUGAAUUUAAACCAAUAUAAACGUAGUACUUAUAAAGACAACGUAGAAGCAGAUGUCAGUAAUUCUCAGGCAGAAUUAAAUUUCCAUGAUUUGAACUCCGAGAAAAUGUGUGCCCGGUUUGACGGCAAUUCUUUAAAAUGUUUCAAUUUGGAUAAAUCUCUGAUAGACAUAUCUUGUCCACUCUGUGCAAAAGCAUUCAAAAGACCCUACCUUCUAAAACAUUUGCGCAAGCUACAUGGUAUAGAUCAACCUAGCGCUUUUAUGAGACAACACUUGGAAAUCGCUACAAAAACCUCAAAGGAUAGUUAUAAACUUUUUGAGUGCCAGCAAUGUGCUUAUGUAGCCAAAAGCAAACCGGCCAUUAACUACCACAAUCGUACAAAACACCCUACCGAAGAGGAUAAGUUCAAAUGUAAAUUUUGUUCCUUCGAAUCACUGAAAAAAUUGGAUUUGGUAGAGCAUAUUAGGAAUGAACAUAGAAUCGAAUUUAAAGCUUUGAAACGGAAUGUGAAACAGAGACAAGAAAAUGGUAAAUUUUCAGCUUGUUCUGAAUCAGAGGAUGAUGUUGCAAAUCUAGAAAUAGCACCCAAUGAACAAAAUUCUCCCUAUUCAAGUGAAAAUGAUGAUGAGUUCAUAAAAGAUAUGAUAAAUAUCGAAAGAAAGCAUUUAAAGUCAAAUGUAAUAGAUGGUAGACCCAUCAGUACGUUGGCAAGAACAUGUGAUGAUUGCGGUAACGUUUAUAAAGAUUUUCCCUCGCUGUAUGCUCACAAACGUUUUGUACACAUCAGCGAGGAUAUGUACAGUGCAUGUGUGCAUUGUGGCAGAAAAUAUAAACGUAGCAGAGAUUUAAAAAAUCAUAUAUUACAAAUACAUCCCACUGAAACGCACAUAGAAGUUAUUAAAGAUCAUACUGCGAGAUCAGAAGAUACGGCUAAACGUUUUAUGUGUUCGCAAUGUAACUAUGCAUCAACAACUACAACACAUUUGAAACUUCAUAUACGACGCCAUCAUACUGGUGAAAAGCCAUAUGUUUGUGAAAUUUGUGGUAAUUCAUUUUUAACAUCAUAUGAUUUGAAAAAACAUAGUUAUUUGCAUACGGGAGAAAAACCUUACAAGUGUCCAAUAUGCCCGAAAUCGUUUCGUGUUAGUUCGAAGCUAAUAAAACAUAAACGGGUGCAUACCGGCGAGAGACCUUUUAAGUGUAACGAAUGCGGAAAAGGAUUUACCCAGGAAUACAAUUUAUCAGUACAUAAACGUACCCAUCUAAAACAGCAGAAGACAAAUCAAUGUCUUCCAACAAAUAACAAAUGUCGAACAUGUUUGAAAUCCGGCACCAAAUUGCAGUCCAUUAGCACAAAGCCGAAAAUGAUGAAAGUUGAUAAAACCUACAUGGAAUUAAUAAAUCACAUAGCACAAGUUGAGUUUGAUACCGACGAUGAACAUAAAAUGCCGCAAGGAAUUUGUUCCAUAUGCAGCAAGAAGAUACGUGACUCGUAUACAUUUAUCAAGCAAGUGCGAAAAUGCAAUACAAUAUUCUUAAAGAGCACAAUAAAUAUACCAGAUGACAAUCCUUUGGAUAAAUUGGAAGAAAGCUUUGCAACGGAAAAUGUAUUGCUGGACGAGUGCGAUGACAAAAGUAUUAAGGAAGAGGUUAAUCCCUUUGAUGACGAGGAAAUGAAUGCUCCCAAAAAGGAGGAGGUGGAUUCAGAUUCAAGUAGCUCCUUUUCGAAUGACAAUUUUGAGCCUAUGCCACCAGAUGGCCAUGAUGAUGGUGAUGAUACCGAUACACAGGAGGAAUUUAUUAAGAUUAGCGAUACAACUACAAAGGUAAAUGUUGUCACGGCUGCCCCUGGACCGCUGCCUUCCUCCACAGUGCCGGAUGAUGAUGUGGCCAUCAAGACGGAGGAAAGUGAACAAAAGGAUGAGCAAGCCGCAGAAUUAUUUCCAGAAUGUGUAUUAAGUGAAAAAGUAUUCUCCGAUGAUGAUUCUCUUAGUGAUUUGGACUCUGUUAAGGCUGAAGAUGAUCCAACAUAUGAUCCUUUGGAGAGUAAGACAAGAAAACGAGCCCCUCGAAGCGAAACCCUCGAUGAGGAUAAAAACUUACCGGUACCAUGUGAAGACUGCGAUCGAGUUUUCCAAAAUGCUAAUCUCUUGAAAAGACACAAGAAAGACACACAUUUACCGGAUGAAUUAAAGGUGCAAUGUCCUCAUUGUCCGGCCAAGUUUAGUAGACGUCACAACAUGUACACACACAUGAGAACGUUGCAUAAAAUCGAACCCGUAAUAGAACAAAAAGCCAAUCCGAAAAAGGAAAGGAACAGCGUUAAAUGUGAGCACUGUCAAAAGAGUUAUUGCAAUAAGUAUAAACUUAUGGAUCAUAUCAAACGUAAACAUGGACCGGAUAGUAAUCAACCGAAAAAAGAGAAAAUAAAACAACCAGCUAAACGUUUCCUAUGUGCCCUGUGUGGUUUCACGUGUAACAGUCAGCCCAAUUUGGAUGUCCACUAUCGUAGGCAUACCGGUGAGCGGCCAUUUAAAUGUGAUCAUUGUGAUCGUCGUUUUUAUCGCAUGUACGAUGUGCAAAUGCAUAAUUUGAGUCACACGGGUGAGAGACCCUUUAAAUGUACCGUGUGUGAGAAGGCAUUCCGGAGAUCGGGUAAACUGAAAAUUCACAUGAGAACCCAUACCAACGAAAGACCCUACAAGUGUACAGAAUGUGAGAAGGCAUUUAAACAAUCGAAAGAUUUGACGGUGCAUAGACGUAUUCACACCGGUGAAAGGCCUUAUAAAUGUAAUGUAUGUGAGAGUACAUUUAUCCAGAGUAAUUCAUUGCGAUUACAUCAAACAAAGACUAAACAUUCAAACGAUCCGGUAAAUCCAAUAAAUAAUAACAAUUCGGCGCCAGCAACGACAAAUACUCUAAUGAAUAAUGCCAUGAACAACAAUAGCGUUAGCAGUAGUUUGUUAAAUAACACAAGUUCAACAAAUACUGGAAAUUUGUCACAUAACACAAAUAAUAAUCCUGCACCUCCUCCACCCAUGCCCAAUACCUCGGCCAUUAUUCAUCCCAAUAUUCCUACAACAAAUAAUGCAAUAAACAACACCGGCAACAUUACCCACAACACCAAUAUUUUAAGAGAUUCCAUGAGGAAUAUGCCAUCACAGUUUGUUAAGGUGUCAUUUCUUGUUGUGUGUGCUCUCAAUGCUGUGUGGCAGCAAAGUGUUACAAUGAUCAAUGCCAGACCCAUUAAUAUCAAACAAAAUCCAACAAAUUUAGAAACUUCAAACGAAACAUUUUCCGCUACUCAAAAACCAGUGACAAUAGCCAACGAUGAUGGUGACGAGCCACCAAGUGAAAUACAAAAAGCUGUGUGUACCGUAACGGCUGGCGAUGUUAAAGCAAGUGCUGAAGCGGUAACAACAAAAGCCCUUAAAGGAGUUUGUGGGGCAAAUGAAAUGACAAAAUCCUUUAAGGGGUUGGAAGAAAAAAUCUUUAAAGAAUUGGAAUUGUUAGAAGGACGUUUGAAACAAGAUUUGGAAAAUAUUCAAAAUUUGCUUAUAAGCAAACAAGAUGGUUGUAAUAGAACAGACGUAACGCCUAGCAAAUCGAUUGUAUUAUUGCAACCGAUACCUUCGAGUAAUACUGAGACGAAAACUGCAACCGCAACAACAACAACAACAGCAUCUAAAAUCAAAACAAAAAGUUAUAGUUCUCCUUUAUUCGCAUCACAACACCACGCAAUGCCAAUGUAUUCGCCAACAUUGCCGCCAGAAAAAAAUGGAAAAAGCUUUACCUACCUAUGGAGAAUUGAAAAUUUUACCAAGAAAAUUGAAAAUAACAGUGAUGUUACUAUACAAACAAGUCCAUCGUUUUCCAUUAAGGGCAAAAAUCUAAAAGUAAAGGCUUCCUUUCAACAUUUGCAUCGUGAUUUCCUUUAUCUACAAUUGAUUGAUGUUUCCGCUUCGCUACACUCGUCAUCAGCUGGUAAUAGUGUUAUUUUGGAUACCGGUGGUCUCUUUAAACAAAUCACUAAUGGCAAUUUAAAAUAUAAAAUGUCUAUAGUUGCCCAGAAUUCGCAAAAUGGCAAAGAUCUAGUCUCGCAAGAAUUUGAUAGUCAUGAAAGUGGAUUUUUAAUACCAAACAGUGCAUUAUUGGAUAGUCCAUUUAUCAAAGAUGAUUCGUUACUAAUAAAAAACAAGAAAUCGAAUAAUGAGAGAGAAGAAAAACAAUUUCCAACAAUAAGAAUAUAUUUAAAAAAUAUGAGCAAAACUAAAAUAAACAACAAAUGUCGCACUUGUUUAAAGUCAAAUUCUAACUUAAAACUCCUGAGUACCAAACCGAAAACAUCACACAUCAACAAAUCCUAUAAGGAGUUAAUAAAAUUCAUAGCCAAUGUGGAGAUUGAAGCAGAUGAAGAUGGCGAAGCAAAUGGCAAAAAAUCACAAGGCAUAUGCUGUAGCUGUUGCAAAAGGAUACGUGAAUCGUAUGCCUUUAUCCAGCAAGUUCGCAGGUGCAAUAAAUUGUUUCUCAAGGGUUCCCUAAAUGCCACAAGACAAGAGAGAACUUCACAAGCGAAAAAGGAAUUGGACGAUGAGAAAAUAAAAAAGGAAAUCGAUGAAUUUGAUGAGGGCACAUGGAAAAGCUCAAUAGCUGCACCCAAAGCUGAGGUACAUCAAGAUUCCUGUAGCCCCGUAUCGGAUUAUAAUUUUGAUCCACCUGAUGCAACGGAUAGCGAUACACAACAGUCCGAACAUAAAGAUGAAUCGUGCAAAGAUGCAGCCAUCAAAUCAGAAUUCGAAAAUACAAAUGUCCCUGAUGUGUUGCCACCGCUUUGUUUGCUAAAUGAACCUGCCCUUGCCGAAGAGAAAAUAAUCUCCCCCAAUGAAGAUCCAAGCAACAAUCCCGAAACAGACGAUUCUGAAGAAGAUCUAAGUACAUUCGAUCCAUUGGAUGACAAUGAAAUAAAUAAAGAUGGGGAUGAAGAUGAACAAGACAAGCCACCUGACGAUGGAGAAGAUGACGAGCAACCUAUAGAUGAAAAAUUACUACCCGUACGAUGUGAUGAAUGCGAAAAAAUAUUCCCCAAUUCAAUACAAUUGAAUCGUCAUAAGAAAGAUACCCAUGUACCGGAUGAAUUGAAGAUACAAUGUCCCCAUUGUCCGGUGAAAUUUAGUCGUCGUUAUAAUAUGUAUGCCCAUAUGAGAGCAUUUCAUGAAGCCGAAACGGUACGAGAACAUCAAAUACAACCCCGGAAAUUAACCAAAACCGAUGUCUGUGAUCAAUGUAAUCGAGCCUACAGUGACAAGUAUAAACUAAUGGCUCACAUUAAAAACAAACAUGGUCCGGACAGUAAACCGAAAAAAGAGAAAAAGCCUCCCAAGCAGUAUUUAUGCACGCUGUGUGGUUUAAUUUGUAGCAGUCAAUCGAAUUUGGAUAUACAUUAUCGACGACAUACAGGCGAAAAACCGUACAAAUGUGACUUUUGCAGUCGUGCUUAUGCACGACUCUAUGACGUGCAGGUGCAUCGCCGUGUCCAUACGGGAGAGACACCAUUCAAAUGUACGAUAUGCGAAAAGGCAUUCAAAAGAUCGAAUAAAUUAAAAAUACACAUGCGUACGCACACCAAUGAACGACCCUACAAGUGCACCCAAUGCGAGAAGGCAUUUAAGCAAUCGAAAGAUUUAAAUAUACACAAACGGACACACACCGGAGAAAGACCUUACAAAUGUAAUGUCUGCAAUAGCACAUUCACGCAAAGUAAUUCUUUAAAACUACAUCAGACUAAGACCAAGCAUCUGGAAAUGCUGAAUAAUCAAAAGAACCAGUUGACAAGUUAUGAUUAUCCAGUAAAUGAAGUUGGAACGACGUAUCUGACAGUUUGUUAUAAAAAAAACGCAAAACAACAAAAUACAUUUGUUUGUUGUAAACAAUAUAAAUAUGCAAAAAAUAUGAAUAAACAAAAUAAUAAAAACACCGACGACAAGUGUCGCACUUGCCUGAAUAAGAAUAAAACUUUAUAUGCAUUACAAAAAAUGGCCAUUGAGGAGGAGUCGCCAUCAAGGGAAUUAAGCUAUGGUGAACUCUUGAAGGAAGUUAUAAAUAUAAGUAUGGAGGAUAUCGAAUGCACGGAAAUGCCUCAAUUUAUCUGUGCCUGCUGUUCACGUAAACUCAAGUCAUCCCACGCUUUCAUAAGACAGGCCAAGGAGAGCCAUGAAAUUUUAAUGUCCACGUUGAAAAAAGAUGGCAUGGAUGAAACAUCUACCCUGGAUUGUCUACAGGAAUCACAAAUUGAUAUAGAAAAGUGUCUGGAAAUAAAAAUGGAAAGCGCUGACGACAACGAAGAUGAUGUGGUGAACAAGGAAAUGGACAGUGUUCGAUGCAACAAGACUGAAAUAGACAUUUGCCGAAAUCCAGUUGAUUCAGUCCCACCUAAAGAUGAGGAAAAUGUAAAAGUCCCCUCUGGCGAAAUUGAAGAUGAAAUACCCAUACCCAAUGAUGACAUUGACUUUGAUUCGGAUUCAUCGAAAAUGAACGGAGCAGACUUUUCCGAUAGUGACUGCAAUAACGAAGACGACGAAGUAGAUCCCAAUUGGCUGGCAAAGACUGACACGACUUCCGCUAGUGAUAACCUCACGGGGAAAAAGAAAAGAACAUCAAAAAUAAGAGAAUCAUUGGAAGAAGCCAUUGCAGUGCCAUGUACCCAGUGCAAAAAAAUAUUUACAAAUGCCAAAGUAUUGGCCAGACAUCUAAGGAAUACUCAUGUACCCGAAGAACAGAAGUGUUCAUGUCCCUUGUGUGGUAUAAAAUUUACACGUUCAUGUAAUAUGUUCAAACAUAUGCGUACCCAACAUGAUCCGGAUACAGUGAAAAAUCUCCUACCGGCCAGUGAAAAAAUGCAUCAAUGUGAUAAAUGUCCACAGAAAUAUGCCAAAAAGAAACAUCUGAAUAAUCACAUCAAGGCAAAACAUAGUAAUGACCAGGAGGCGGGCGAAAAUUCUGAUGAGGCAGAUAAUAAAAACAACAAAGCGGAAGAUCGUUCAUUGUGUUCCAUAUGUGGUUGUUCGUUUUCCAAAAAAGCAUAUCUUAUUGUUCACAUGAGAAAACAUACGGGAGAACGACCGUUCCAGUGUGAUUUAUGUGAGCGGGCAUUUGCCCACAACUCUGAAUUGAAAUGUCAUCGACGCAUCCAUACCGGUGAGAAACCAUACAAAUGUAAGCUGUGCGAGAAGGCCUUUAGGGUGUAUAAAAAACUUGCCACCCAUAUGCGUUCUCAUACCGACGAACGACCCUAUAAAUGUAAUCAAUGUGAGAGAAGUUUUAAAUAUUCAAAAGAUCUAAAUAUUCACAAUCGAAUACAUACCGGCGAAAGACCGUAUUGUUGUCCAGUGUGUGGCAGUACUUUCACACAAAGUAAUUCUCUGAAAGCUCAUCGCAUGAAAUUGGGUCACAUGGAUGAUAAUGUAGCAACAACAGCGCCAAGUGCCGGUGCAUCGUCAUCCGUAACAAGUACAUCAGCACCAGCGUCAUCAUCAGUCCCAUCAUCAAUAAAUCAUUAUGAUUUAGAAUCCCUUGAAGAAAUUGUUGUUAUUGACCAAUCCCUGUCGCUAUCAUAUGCCCAACUAUUGAAGGAUGUAACAAGUAUUAAUGUGUUGGCCGAUGCAGAUUCAGCCAUAAUGCCAAAAUCUAUUUGCCAAUCUUGCUCGGAGAAACUCAAACAAUCCCAUGGAUUUAUAAAACAAGCCUGGUCGGCCAAUGAACAAUUACAGAGCUUACUAAAGAGCUCUGAAACAUUAGAUUGCUUACAAGAGUCUGAAAUUGAUAUAAAUAGCUGUUUGGAAAUAAAACUAGAAAAUAAUGAAGACCUGGUGAACGACAAGAAGGUAACGCCCGGAAAAGAUGAUAAAGGGUGCAAUUUGGCAGAUAAUUUAAAUACCAUUGAGGACAGCAAUAGAGAUGACUCAAUCUUCAGCCCAGAGAUGGAGGAUAGUUUAGCAAAAACCGAAUCUGAUAUUUCGGAAAAUACGAAUGCUAAUGAGGAGCUGUUAACAUCUGAUGCCAUUAAGGAAAAAUCGAAACCAAAAUCAAAUACAAAAAAUAAAAAACCCUCCACCAAGAGAUUAGAAAGCAAAGAUAUCAAGGAUGAAGACAUUGCAGUGCCAUGUUUACAGUGCAAUAAGAUUUUUAAUAAUUCCAAAGAAUUGACAAGACAUCUGCGCAACACCCACCUGCCGGAGGAUCAAAAAUGUGCUUGUCCCUUGUGUGGCAUAAAGUUUACACGUUCCUGUAACAUGUACAAACACAUGCGUAAGCUACACGAUCCAGAAUCGGUCAAGUCUUUGUUGCCCACUAAAGAGAAACCCUUUGAAUGUGAUAAAUGUCAUCGUCGAUAUACACAACAGCGUCAAUUGAACUUCCACAUUAAAGAGAAACAUUCAAAUGACCCAGAUAAUACCCAGGACUCCAACUCGAGCAAUUGCAAUGAUAAGAAGAAAAAGCCGGAUGUACGACCCCUGUGUUUUGUAUGUGGCAGCUCAUUUUCUAAUAAAGCCCAUCUAAUUGUCCACAUGGCAAGACACACGGGUGAAAAACCCUUCAAAUGUGAUCUUUGUGAUAGAGCCUUUCCUCGUACAUCCGAUUUGACGUCACAUCGUCGCAUACAUACGGGUGAAAAACCAUUUAAGUGCAAAUUGUGUGAAAAGGCUUUUCGUGUCUCAACAAAAUUAGCAACACACAUGCGUUCCCAUACCAAUGAACGACCCUUUAAAUGUAAACAAUGCGAAAGAAGUUUUAAAUAUUCCAAAGAUUUGAAUAUACACAAACGGGUGCAUACCGGAGAACGACCUUAUUGUUGUACUGUCUGCGGCAGUACAUUUACACAGAGUAAUUCGUUAAAAGCCCAUCGUAUGAAAUUGGGUCACAUGGGGGUGCAGGAGGAGCCAACGAUGGCAGUGGCAAUAUCGGAAGAGAAUUUGUAUCAAAGAUGUCGAGCUUGUUUCAAUCAAACAGAAGGUUUACAGCCACUAUGCAAAAAGAUUCAUUAUGUUUAUGGUGGAGAGAAAAUUCACACGACAUACUGUGACCUAUUGCAGGAACUAUUAAAUAUAGAUAUAAAAUCUGAUAAUGAAACUACUAUAAGCCAAUUUAUUUGUUCCCAAUGCAUACGAAAGUUGAUGUCUUCACAUUCCUUUAUAAAACAAGUACAAGCAAUUAAUGGGAAAUAUUUACAAUUCAUAAAGGAUAUCAUGUACAAGCAGUCUGAGGACAAAACUGAAGGUGAAAUAAAAAUGGAAAAUGAGGAAGAUGAUGUAGAAGGUGAACUGUAUGAUUAUAGCAAUUUGGAAUCCAUUAUGGAAGUAUCGUUAAAAAUAGAACCAAUUGAAAAUCCAUUGAGUGUUGUAUCAAAGGAAUGUGAUAGUGAGUCCGAGUAUCAGGAUUAUGAGGCCAACAUAAUCCCUUCUAUUAUAAGUACUGAAGAUGGAGAAAAGUCCAAGAACUAUCCAUAUGAUUGUGCUGAUGUCGCAGUAGCAUGUCCACAAUGCAAAAAAGUUUUUAAAAACACUAAAGAUUUAAACUUCCACCUGGGAAAUGCACAUGUCCCGGAAGAUAAAAAAUCAGUCUGUCCCAUUUGUGGUAGUAAAUUUUCACGUUCUUAUAGUAUGUACUAUCAUAUGCGUACCCAACAUAGUUCAGAGACAGUGAGCGGAUUUUUACCAUCUAGAGACAGACGUUUUCAAUGUCAACGAUGUCCCCGCAAAUAUUCCAAGCAGAAAUAUUUAAAUUGGCACAUUGCAGCAAAGCAUAGGGGCAGUGAAAAUGAAUCCCUCAAACAGAAAAUAAGCCAAGAAACGCAAGCUACCAAAGAUGAGAGCACAAAUACUGCCACCACAUCAACAACUCGCCUCCUUUGCUGCAUUUGUGCCAGUUCAUUUGUAAACAAAACCCAACUGACCAUACACAUGCGGAGACACACCGGUGAUAUGCCGUUUAAAUGUAAUAUGUGCGACAAAGCAUUCCCACGCAGAGCUGAAUUGACAUAUCAUCAACGUUUGCACACGGGCGAAAAGCCAUAUAAAUGUAAACUAUGCGAAAAAACUUUUCGGGUAUCGACUAAAUUGAAGGAUCAUAUGCGAUCGCAUACCAAUGAACGACCGUAUAAGUGUAAAGAAUGUGAAAAAAGUUUUAAAUAUUCAAAGGAUUUGAAUAUUCACAGACGCAGACAUACUGGGGAACGACCAUAUUGUUGUAACGUUUGUGGUAGCACUUUUACACAAAGUAAUUCACUGAAAACUCAUCGUGUGAAAUUUGGUCAUGUGGCGGAGGCAAUGCCGCAAACAUGAAAGUCAUCUCAAAUAUCCUGUCCCGGAGGAGAAAUAAAUGAAGAGGAUAAAUAAUGUUGGUAUAUUUAAAAGGAAAACAGCAAGAGACACAUGGCCACAAUUAUUUUUACAGGUGUUUCCAAUAGGAUCUUUAAACGAAUAAUGGAUCUGUAGUUAGUGUACUUCAAGUACAUAUUCGUACUUGAACCAAUUACAACUAUAUGAGAUUGAUGGGCCAGAAAAUUUUUCUAUGUCAAAGCGUAAGCUAUUUCUUGUGGUCUAUGUCAGAUCUUUUUCAUGUCUCUUGCAUCAAUCCAUUGAAGCGAGUAGAGAGGCAGGCUGACUCUCCUUGAAAUGUUUUCGGUGCAUUACAUUUAGGCAUAAAAAAUGUACAUUCGGAAUCUGAAAUAUACUUAUAAUAAAUACAGAAAUAAAAAUUCCAAUUGGAUUACUCAAUGCCUUUAUUCGAAAAUGAAUGCAGCAAAAGUUUUAGAAUUAUUUUCGUCCCUGAGAAAGGACUACCAGCUUGCUGUCCAAAAAAUAACACCUUUGCAAAAAUUGCAACUACAAUAAGGAAAGUCAUUAAUUGGUAGAUACUGCCAGAACGAAUACUUUUUACAUCUCAUGAUCUGCAAUCCGUUGCAAUUAUAAUAUAAUUUGCUGGGUGUAUCUACAUCUAAAUCGAUUUCAAUUGAAGUUAGAUGACUUUGUUGUUGAGGUAGAGACUUGGAAGAAUAACAUGGCAGAGCGAUAAAAGUGUUAUCUUGAUUGAAAAGAAUGGUCGUGUAUGGGGCAAACUUUUAUGAGCUACAUCUGAGCCAAUUUGCACAAAAAUCUAGCAACAAUUCGCAGAU